CCUUGUAAUAAAGACUUGAUCAACAGUCGCCGCGUCGUAGCGAAUUCACGAGCAUCGUCGGCUGCAAACUGUUGCGUUCUUUGUUGAAUGAAAUGCAGCGAUCGAACGCUGCACCAUCCGCCAGGCAGUGUGAAUCCGAUAAAUCCCGUGAAAAUUGGCUCUCCUUCAUUAUAGAGCCGCUUUUAACUUCGUGGAUCCGCUUCGUCAAUUACUUCGAAAUUUCGUUUGUCGUUACGUUAUCCGAAACGUGAGAAUCUUGGAGAUUGUAUUCAAUGAAUCUAAACUGGUCGAUGAUUCUCCAUCACAAGGCACGUUGUUUGUGAUUUUUCUGAAAGUGCGUGUAUAUAUAUAUAUAUAUCUUCUUCGCUUUCGAUAAUUUCUUAUGUAUCAACUAGCAGUUAUUUCUCUUCGUAAAGUGAACGCAGAGUACUUUAAGUGAUAUAUUUUCAUUCUUUGUUUACGAUAUUUCCGCCUCGUAAGCAGUCACUCGUAAUCGUUGUUGCACAUGUACAAUGAUAACAGAUAACAGAUGAUAACACAGAGCCCGGCAAACAAAUAUCCAUCAUCGCAGAUUAAACUCCAGUGAUCUAUCUCGGCCAUUAUUUUAAGUAUACGUCUAACCAGUCGUCGAAACGUAGGAAUUUUUGAAAUGGGUGAGUAUCUCGAUGACGCAGCCGUUGGUUCAUCGACAAGAAUGAUCGAGGAAAAAGGACGCGCCGUUCAACUGACAAUUGGAGGAGGCGAACAGUUUUUGAAUUCAGACGCCCGCUCGGUUGCCAGGAUGCACAUAGAGUUUGACAGCCUCUCGUACUCUGUGUGCUCCAGCAAAGGGAAAUCAAAGACGGUGUUGAAGAACGUGACAGGAUGCUUUCGUCCUGGGAGAUUGACGACAAUUGUCGGCCCAUCCGGCGCUGGAAAAACCACGUUGCUUCGUGUUAUAUGCAGCGCGAGAACUCCAGAUGUUAAUGUUAAUGGUUCGAUCACCAUUAACGGCGACGAAUGGAAUGGCAAUGCUUUCCGAAAGCAAAUAUGUUUGAUACCGCAGGAGUUCGCGCUUCAACCGUUGCUCACUGCCAAGGAAACACUGUACAUCGCAGCACGUUUGAAGACACGAGACAUUCACGACGAGCGUACUGUCAAUUUCAUUGUGACGGAAAUAGCAGAAAAUCUGAACUUGACAAGCUGCCUGAACACUCUAGUGGGAAACCUAAGCGGCGGAGAGCGAAAAAGAUUGUCGAUCGGCGUAGAAAUAACCACGAAACCAUCCGUUUUGUUAAUCGACGAACCAACCAGCGGACUCGACAGUGCAUCUUCGAAUCAGGUAAUUGGACUGUUGCAUAAAAUAGCAAAAGGAGGUUGCACGGUCGCUUGCGCGAUUCAUCAACCAAGCAGUCGCAUGAUAUCGCAAUUUGACGAUUUACUAGUGAUACAUAACGGGACAUCGUUCUAUUGCGGUCUUUGGGACGAUGUUUUCUGUACCUUCAGCGAGGCAGGAUACGUGUGCCCUCAAUUUUAUAAUAUAUCUGAAUUUGUUUUGGAAGUGAUAACGGGAGAGAGAAGCGGAGAUUUGAAUAAUUUCCGCAAACUUAGCCAAGAUAAAUACUCGAAAUGGAGGGAGCAUUACGAACGUCCUGUUGCGGAAACAGAUGUUACAGCUGCACCAAGAUCAGACGUCACUACCAAGAACUCGAAGUCGUCUAUCUGGCAGGAGCAGAAAAUUUUGCUACUGAGGGCGUUCAUCUGUAUCAAACGGGACCAUAUGUUGACGAAGUUGAGACUCACGGCACACGUGGUAAUAGCUUUUUUACUAGGCAUAAUGUUCUAUGAUUCCGGUGCCAAUGCUGAUAGGAUUCACAGCAAUAUAGCUUGCGUAUUUUUUAUCCUGAUGUUUUUAUAUUUUGCGAACGCCAUGCCGGCUGUACAGAUGUUUCCUGUGGAGGCUGCCGUUUUCUUACGAGAGUACUUGAACAAUUGGUAUCGUUUAAGGUCUUAUUUUUCUAUAAAAGUUUUGUCAGAUCUUCCGUUACAAAUUCUUGCGCCUUCGGUGUUAAUUACAAUAAUGUACUACAUGACUGGCCAACCGAUGGAACGGGACAGAUUUUUACGCACUUGGCUGCUUUGUGUUCUGACAACAAUCGUUGGACAAUCAUCAGGAAUGCUCAUCGGCGCUGCCUUCAAUACACAGCUGGGAACUUUCUUGAUUCCUGCGCUCAACAUGCCAAUGAUACUGUUUGCCGGAUUUUUCCUAAAAUUCAGCGAGGUGCCAUUAUUCCUUCAACCAUUCUGCUCCAUUAGCUUCUUCAGGUUUGCAUUUGAAGGCAUUUUACAAGCGUUUUACGACGGAGACAGGGAGAGAUUGCGGUGUUACGAAAUUUAUUGUCAUCUACGUUCGCCUAAAAGGGUGUUAGAAGAGAUGGACAUGCCUGCAAUUUCUUAUUACACGACUGUGUUAGGUUUAUGCGUUUGGAUACUGUUACUGCAACUCUCGACAUAUUUGGUGCUUAAAUGGAAAGCACAAAAAGCUAAACAAUGAACGUAUUUAAAUUUUUAUAUUUAUAUUCUUCUUCUAUAGAAACGUGUCGUACGGGUGUUUCAUGUGAUAAUCGGAUUAAUUAAUUUUUUUUUUAUCCGAAGAUAUUUUUGUACACUGCAAUUGUGAUGUUUAUAUAAAGUCGAACUCACAUAACACAAUAAAAAAAGAAAUAUUACAAAA